AUGGCAUUCAGUUUUCGGUCAACCAAGACAAACCUCAGAACAAGAAUGGCCCAGUCAACUGCCCCCGUGGAGAGCAUCAAAGAAAUUCAGCAAAAGCUGAAGGAGGAGCGGGAGGCCAAGCGGGCUCAGCUGGACGGCAGACAUGAUUACGUUCUCAGUGUUGUGGCGUCCUGCGUGGGCUUGGAAAAAGCUGAAGUGGAGGAGAACAUUCUGGAAGGCACUCAGAUUGAUCGGAUGGAGCGUUUCUUCACUGCCGAUGGACUUCCACACCUCAUGUUUUACUACCAGGAUGUGGAACCUGCUGAGGCAGCUGCAUCGUCGUUGGUGAACCGUGGUAAGAAGGCCAAAGUGUUUGUGACAGAAGGUACAGACGUAGCCCUGACUGGCACGUGUGUUUUCUUCACGCGAGCCAACACUUCCAAAGCCGUCACGUCAGAGAACGUGCACAGGGAUGUGAACUUCAACAUGCUGGACACCACAGGAGUGGGUUUGCUGAAGAGUGUGGAACAGCUGCUGUCAGAGGUCUUUAUCCCCACGCUGAGGCAGAUGAACCAUGGCUGGGGAGAGCUGGCCAGCCCACAGGCCAAGGCUGUUAAACAGGACUUCAUCAGCUCCCUGGACAGUUUUGUGACUGUGCUUGCUGGAGCACAAGAAAGCCUGCAGGAGAAGGUAAAUCUGAAACCCUGUGACACAUUUGACUUGAAGACCCUAAAAGGUCCAUCAGACUACAUGGCAGUGGCCAACAGCACUGAGGCACUGGAAAAGAUUGAGGCUUGCCUGAAAGUAUGGAUCAAGCAAAUCGAACAGGUUCUAGCAGAGAGUGACCAGCUGAGGAAGGAGGCGGAUGAUCUGGGUCCGCGUGCUGAACUGGACCACUGGAAGAGGCGCAUGUCCCGUUUCAACUACUUACUGGACCAGCUCAAGAGUCCUGAUGUGAAGGCUGUCCUAGGAGUGCUCAUGAUAGCCAAGUCCAAACUCAUCAAGGUAUGGCGAGAGUUGGACAUUAGGAUCACAGACUCUGCAAACGAGGCCAAAGACAAUGUGAAGUACCUCUACACUUUGGAGAAGUUCUGUGACCCUCUUUACAACAGUGACCCUGUGUCCAUGGUGGAGGCGAUUUCAGGACUAAUCAGCGCCAUCCGCAUGAUCCACAGUAUUUCCCGCUAUUACAACACCUCAGAAAAGAUCACCUCGCUCUUCAUCAAAGUUACUAAUCAAAUGAUCACAGCCUGCAAAGCCCACAUCACAAACAACGGCUCAGCCACCAUUUGGGACCAGCCACAGGACGUGGUGGCCCAGAAGCUCAAAGCUGCCAUUCAUUUGAACCAAGAGUACCAAAAAUACUUCCACAAAACAAAACAGAAACUGGAAGAGAGUCCGUCUGAGCGCCAGUUCGACUUCAGCGAGAUGUACAUCUUCGGCAAGUUCGACACGUUCCAGCGGCGGCUGAACAAGAUCCUCAGCAUGUUUGAUACUAUCGCGACCUACUCUGCCCUGCAGGACUCGAAGAUUGAAGGCCUGGAAACCAUGGCAACGCAAUUUCAGGCCAUUGUGUUGACAAUGAAGAAAAAACAGUACAGUUUUUUGGAUCAGCGGAGAACGGACUUUGAUCAGGACUAUGAGGAGUUUUGCAAACAAACUAAUGAGCUACAUAACCAGCUGAAGGUCUUCAUGGACAACACCUUUGACAAAAUUCAAAACACUGAGAGGGCCUUGAACGCACUGAAAAAAUUUGAAAGACUGGGUAUUCCAGACCUGGGCAUUAGCGAGAAGUACCAGAAGAUUUUACAGAACUAUGGGAGAGACAUCGAGAUGGUCUCCCGAAUCUACACCAAACAGAAAAUGGAUCCACCCAUUGGUCGAGACCUCCCUCCCAUCGCAGGCAAGAUCCUGUGGGCUCGGCAACUGUACCGACGCAUCCAGGAGCCCAUGGACCUGUUCCAGCAGCAUUCUGGAGUACUGGACACUCCUGAGGCCAAACGGAUCAUCCGCAACUACAACCGUGUGGCCAAGGUGCUGCUGGAGUACGAAGUUCUGUACCAUCAAGGUUGGAUGACACAGAUGGAAGUAGCCAAAAUUGGUCUUCAGGCCUCUCUGCUGGUGAAGUGUCCGGACACAGGUGAGCUGUACGUGAACUUUGACCCCGAGAUCCUGACGCAGAUCCGGGAGACAGACUGCAUGACCCGGAUGGGGCUGGAGAUCCCUCCGUUUGCUGCCAUUCUGCAACAGAAACAGGAUGUCCUCAAAAAGAAUUACAACAAACUCCAGUUGGUUUUGACUGAGAACUCCAGGGUCAGGGCAAAGAUUCAGAGUGCCUUUGAACAGCUGAUCACUCCCCAUGUGGCCAAAGUAGAAGAAGCCAUUCUACCAGGCCUGACGUCCCUCAACUGGACCUCUCUGAACAUCGAGAAGUAUGUCAACCGCAUCACCACCACACUUGAGGACCUGGAGCUGUUAUUGGACAGAGUGAAUGACUUGGUGGAGUUCCGGAUAGAUGCAGUGCUACAGGAAAUGACCACAACUGUAUUGUGUGUGUUACCUGAGGAUGAACCCUUCAGCUGUGAAGAGUUUGUGCAGUCCACCAAGGAGCUGUGCAUUAAGGGAGCUCAGACACUACAUACCAAAAGCUCACUGGUGGAGGAGGCAGCCAAUGAGCUGAUUAACAUGCUGCUCGAGUUUGAGCAUAAGGAAGAAGAGGAGAAGGUUCCGGAUGAGAGCCGGACAGAGAGCAAAGUGGAUCAUAUGGAAAGCGACGGUGAGGAGGAGAAUAAGUCGGAAGGCCGUCUCCUGUCUCGGAAUACCACGGCGCCCAGCGUGGCUGCUUCUUCCUCUCCGCUUAUGAGGAAGAAGAGGAAGAAAAAUCUGAUGCAGGUGAUGGAGGAAGAGGCCCAAGAGCUGCUGUCGUAUUUCAACCAUCGCAACGUGGACGCGCUGCUGCGUCUCACCCGUGGCACGCUGGAGACCUUACGCAAACGCAUCCACGCCUCCUCCCUCAUGCUCUUCCUGACGGAGGGUGAUUCUCCGAACCGGCAGAGGGCCAGCGGACAGCAGCCAAUUUUCCGGGCCAACGUGACUCUGGCCAUCCCACACAUUAUUAUGGUCCCAGCUCUUGACGAGAUCCAGCAGGCCCUGAACCGGGCCGUGGACUUUGUGGUUAGCGUCAGCAAAGGGGUUGGUCAGUGGAGUAAAGAGAGGAUAUCCAAGAGGAAAAUGAGUGAGAGAAGGAUGGCUGCCCUGAAACAGAACAGCCAAGAGAGCGACUCAGAGGAUGAAGAGACAACACACAGGAGUCUGGCUGAUGGCAGCAUGUCGGACAUGUCUGCCUCUGUGAACCAGUCGAUUCCGUUCCAGACCAGAAACUACUACAAGAGUGUCUCUGAGAAUAAGGAGAUAGUCAAACUGGUUUCUGUGCUCAGCACCUCCAUCAAUUCUACCAAGAAGGAGGUGAUGAACGCCCUUGACCGCUUCAGCCGCUACCACCACAUUUGGCGGAAGGAUCGAGAGGACACCAUUCAAAAGUUCAGUCAGGGAAAUCCACUCUUGUCUGAGUUUGAGUCUCAGAUACUAUAUUACAGAGAUCUGGAGCUGGAGAUCAAUGCAGAGCCCAUGUUCCUCACUGUGGGGGCUCUGGCACUCUCUACAGCUGACCUGAAGCUCGCCCUUACCGCUGAGACCAAGAGCUGGAUUGUCAACUUCGGUCACCACUGCAACCGAAAGUACCGGACGGAGAUGGAGCAGAUCUUCAGCUUCGUGGACGAGGCCAGCAAGAAACUGAACAGGCAGAUCAAAGACCUGGAUGACAUUCGCAUUGCCAUGGCAGCCCUGAAAGAGAUCAGGGAAAACCAGAUCUCCAUAGACUUCCAAGUGGGCCCCAUUGAGGAAUCCUAUGCAAUGCUCCAUAAAUAUGAGCAGCUUGUGGCCAAAGAGGAGGCAGAGAAGGUGGACACGCUCCGCUAUACAUGGGAGAAACUGCUGGCACGUAGCACUGAGGUCCAAAAUGAACUGGGCGCUCUACAGCCUAACUUUAGGGGAGAACUCAUCAGCAAUGUGCAGACCUUUGUGGAAGAUUGCGAUCAUUUCUACCAGGACUAUGACAAAGAUGGCCCCAUGGUUGUUGGAUUGGCCCCUCAGGAUGCCAGCGACAGGCUCAUCAUGUUCCAGAAUCGUUUUGACAACCUGUAUCGUAAGUAUAUCACUUACACGGGAGGAGAGGAGCUCUUUGGCCUGCCCGUUACCCAGCAUCCUCAGCUGCUGGAGAUCAGGAAACAGCUGGCUCUCCUGCAGAAACUUUACAGCCUCUACAAUAAUGUCAUCGACACGGUCAACGGCUACUACGACAUCCUCUGGGUCGACAUUCACAUCGAGAGAAUCAACAACGAACUUCUGGACUUUCAGAGUCGAUGUCGAAAAUUGCCCCGUGCCCUGAAAGAGUGGCAGGCCUUCCUGGACCUGAAGAAAACCAUUGACGAGUUUAGUGAGUGCUGCCCCCUGCUGGAGCUAAUGACAAACAAGGCCAUGAUGACCCGCCAUUGGAAGAGAAUCACAGAGGUCACAGGGCACAGCUUUGAGGUGGAGUCGGACACCUUUAAACUCCGGAACAUCAUGGAAGCACCUCUCCUGAAGUACAAAGAGGAAAUUGAGGACAUCUGCAUUAGUGCAGUGAAAGAGCGAGACAUCGAACAGAAGUUGAAACAGGUGAUAGCCGAAUGGGACAACAAGACCUUCACUUUUGCCAACUUCAAAACACGAGGAGAGCUGCUGCUUCGUGGAGACAGCACCUCAGAGAUCAUCACCAACAUGGAGGACAGUUUGAUGGUUCUGGGAUCGCUAAUGAGUAACAGGUAUAACACUCCAUUCAAAGCACAGAUCCAAAAAUGGGUUCAGAACCUCUCCAACACUACAGAUAUCAUUGAGAACUGGAUGACAGUUCAAAACCUCUGGAUUUAUCUUGAAGCUGUGUUUGUUGGAGGAGACAUAGCCAAACAGCUCCCCAAGGAGGCAAAGCGGUUCUCCAACAUCGACAAAUCUUGGGUGAAGAUCAUGACUCGUGCCCAUGAGAUGCCCAACGUGGUGCAGUCCUGUGUCGGGGACGAGACCAUGGGCCAACUGCUGCCUCAUCUUCUUGAACAGCUGGAGAUGUGCCAGAAAUCUCUCACUGGCUAUCUGGAGAAGAAACGUCUGCUCUUCCCUCGUUUCUUCUUCGUCUCCGACCCCGCUCUCCUCGAGAUUUUGGGCCAGGCCUCGGACUCUCACACUAUUCAGGAUCACCUCCUCAACGUCUUUGACAACAUCAAAUCUGUCCGUUUCCACGACAAGAUAUAUGACAGGAUCUUGGCCAUCUCCUCGAGAGAGGGGGAAACGGUGGAGCUGGAUCGGCCUGUCACGGCCGAAGGGAACGUGGAGGUGUGGCUCAACGCCCUGCUAAAGGAAUCCCAGAGGUCUUUGCACCUUAUCAUUCGCCAGGCUGCACAGGCUAUUCAGGACAGCGGCUUCCAGCUUAUCGAGUUCUUAGACUCCUUCCCUGCCCAGGUCGGUCUGCUGGGAAUCCAGAUGAUCUGGACCAGAGAUUCUGAGGAGGCUCUGUCCAAUGCUCGAUACGAUCGCAAAAUUAUGACCAAGACCAAUCAGUCAUUUCUGGAGCUUCUUAACACUCUCAUCGACAUGACCACUAAAGAUCUUAACACUGUGGAACGGACCAAAUAUGAAACUCUCAUCACCAUUCACGUUCAUCAGAGGGACAUUUUUGAUGACUUGUGUCGGCUACACAUCAAAAGCCCGACAGACUUUGAAUGGCUGAAACAAUGCCGCUUCUACUUCAACGAGGACUCCGAUAAGAUGAUCAUCAACAUCACAGACGUGGGGUUUGUGUAUCAGAAUGAAUUCCUGGGCUGCACUGACCGACUGGUCAUUACUCCACUUACAGACAGGUGUUACAUUACUCUAGCUCAGGCGUUGGGGAUGAGUAUGGGUGGGGCCCCAGCUGGUCCUGCAGGGACAGGGAAGACUGAGACCACCAAAGACAUGGGCCGCUGUUUGGGCAAAUACGUGGUGGUCUUUAACUGCUCCGACCAGAUGGAUUUCAGAGGCCUGGGAAGAAUAUUCAAAGGACUGGCCCAGUCGGGUUCGUGGGGGUGUUUCGAUGAAUUCAACCGCAUCGACCUUCCCGUGCUGUCUGUGGCCGCUCAGCAGAUCGCUAUCGUGCUCACGUGCAAGAAGGAACGCCGUAAGAACUUCGUUUUUACCGACGGCGACAACGUGGAAAUGAACCCCGAGUUCGGCCUCUUUCUCACCAUGAACCCAGGGUACGCUGGACGCCAGGAGCUUCCCGAGAACUUAAAGAUUAACUUCCGUUCUGUGGCCAUGAUGGUUCCGGACAGACAGAUCAUCAUUCGUGUGAAACUGGCCAGCUGCGGCUUCAUCGACAACAUCGAGCUAGCCAGGAAGUUUUUCACCCUCUACAAACUGUGUGAGGAGCAGUUGUCCAAACAGGUUCACUAUGACUUCGGGCUACGAAACAUCCUGUCGGUUCUACGUACUCUUGGUGCUGCGAAACGAGCCAAUCCAAAUGACACGGAGUCCACCAUCGUCAUGCGUGUCCUGCGGGAUAUGAAUCUAUCCAAACUGAUCGAUGAAGACGAACCUUUGUUUCUCAGCCUGAUUGAGGAUCUGUUCCCUGGGAUUCAGCUGGAUAAGGCAGGAUACCCAGAUCUGGAAACAGCCAUCGACAAACAGGUUGCAGAAGCUGGUCUGAUAAACCAUCCUCCGUGGAGGCUGAAGGUGAUCCAGCUGUAUGAGACGCAGUGGGUUCGACACGGCAUGAUGGCUCUGGGACCCAGCGGCGCUGGAAAAACCACCUGCAUUCACACCUUAAUGAGAGCUAUGACUGAUUGUGGCCAGCCACACAGAGAGAUGCGUAUGAACCCCAAAGCCAUCACAGCACCCCAGAUGUUUGGUCGACUUGACGUAGCCACCAACGACUGGACUGAUGGGAUAUUUUCAACUCUCUGGAGGAAGACUCUGAGAGCCAAAAAAGGAGAGCACAUUUGGAUAGUUUUGGAUGGACCAGUAGACGCCAUUUGGAUUGAGAACCUCAACUCUGUCUUGGAUGACAACCGCACUCUCACACUGGCUAACGGUGACCGGAUCCCUAUGGCUCCCAACUGCAAGAUUGUGUUUGAACCUCACAACAUUGACAACGCCUCCCCGGCAACCGUGUCACGUAACGGAAUGGUGUUCAUGAGCUCUUCAGUCCUCUGCUGGAGCCCAAUCCUAGAGGGCUGGCUGAAAAAGCGCUCCCCACAGGAAGCCGAGGUUCUGAGGGAGCUCUUCUCUUCCUCUUUCCCCGGGCUCUAUCGUUUCAGCGUGCAGUCCCUUGAGUUUAAGAUGGACAUGCUUGAAGCCUUCAUCAUCAUGCAAAGCAUCAACAUGCUCCAGGGACUCAUCCAGCCCAAGGAGGCGGGUGGAGAGUUGUCACGGGAGCACAUGGAGCGUCUUUACGUCUUCGCGUUAAUGUGGAGCGUCGGAGCCCUCCUGGAGCUCAACGAUCGAAAGAAAAUGGAGUGCUGGCUCCGUAACCAUGACAACGUCCAUCUGGACCUGCCGGACAUCCCAGCUGACAGCGAAGACACCAUGUUUGACUAUCACGUCAGCAAUGAGGGUCAGUGGGUUCACUGGAGCACUCGGGUGGAGGAAUACGUUUACCCACCCGACAGCACCCCGGAGUAUGGCUCCAUACUGGUCCCAAACGUGGACAAUAUCCGCACAGACUUCCUCAUCCAGACUAUCGCCAAGCAGGGCAAGGCAGUGCUUUUAAUCGGAGAGCAAGGCACCGCCAAAACUGUCAUCAUCAAAAGAUACAUGUCCACAUACGACCCUGAGUCCCACACUGCCAAGAGCCUCAAUUUCUCCUCCGCAACUACACCUCUCAUGUUUCAGCGCACCAUUGAGAGUUACGUCGACAAGAGGAUGGGGACUACGUAUGGACCUCCAGCGGGGAGGAAAAUGUCAGUCUUCAUCGAUGAUAUCAAUAUGCCUGUUAUUAACGAAUGGGGUGACCAGGUAACCAAUGAGAUAGUUCGCCAGCUGAUGGAACAAAAUGGAUUCUUCAAUUUGGAGAAACCGGGGGAAUUCACCAAUAUCGUGGAUAUCCAGUUCCUGGCGGCCAUGAUCCACCCUGGAGGAGGACGCAAUGACAUUCCUCAGAGACUUAAGAGACAGUUCUCAAUUUUCAACUGCACCCUGCCAUCCAACGCCUCAAUAGACAAGAUAUUUGGUGUCAUAGGUGCAGGGCAUUUCUGCUCUCAGCGAGGUUUUUCUGAGGAUGUCGGUGACAUGGUAAUCAGGUUGGUUCCACUGACCCGACGUCUGUGGCAGAUGACCAAAGUGAAGAUGCUGCCAACACCAGCCAACUUCCAUUACAUCUUCAACCUCCGCGACCUGUCGAGAGUGUGGCAGGGCAUGCUCAAUGCCACCGCUGAGGUUGUCAACACACCCAACGUCUUACUUAAGCUCUGGAAGCACGAGUGUAAGCGAGUCAUAGCCGACCGCUUCACAAGCCCGGGUGACGUGGCCUGGUUUGACAGCACCAUGGCCAAACUGGUGGAGGAAGAACUGAGGGAGGAGGACCGCGCCUUAGUGGAUGUCGGAGUAGAUGCUUACUUUGUGGACUUCCUGAGGGAUGCUCCUGAAGCCACAGGAGAGGAACCAGAAGACACGGAUUUUGAUAUGCCCAAAGUUUAUGAGCCCAUUGAAUCUUUCGACAGUCUGAUGGAGCGUUUGAACAUGUUCCUGGGCCAGUACAAUGAGAGUAUCCGCGGGGCGGGCAUGGACAUGGUCUUCUUUAAGGACGCCAUGAUCCAUCUGGUCAAGAUCUCCCGGAUAAUCCGUACUCCGCGGGGGAAUGCCCUCCUGGUGGGAGUUGGCGGUUCGGGAAAACAGAGCCUAACGCGACUCGCCUCUUUCAUCGCCGGAUACAGAACAUUCCAGAUCACUUUGACUCGCUCCUACAACACCACCAACUUGAUGGAGGACCUAAAGGGGCUGUACAGAACAGCAGGUCAGCAGGGAAAGGGAGUCAGCUUCAUCUUCACUGACAAUGAGCUCAAAGAUGAGUCUUUCCUGGAGUACAUGAAUAAUGUCCUUUCAUCCGGAGAGGUAUCUAACUUGUUUGCCCGAGAUGAGAUCGAUGAGAUCAUCAGCGACCUUAUCCCGGUCAUGAAACGGGAGUUCCCUCGAAGGCCACCCACCAAUGAAAACCUCCAUGAGUACUUCAUGAGUCGCGUACGACAGAACCUGCACGUGGUCCUGUGCUUCUCUCCAGUGGGUGAGAAAUUCCGGAACAGGGCCCUCAAGUUUCCUGCCCUUAUCUCAGGCUGCACCAUGGACUGGUUCAGUCGUUGGCCCAAAGACGCCUUGAUCGCAGUGUCUGAGCACUUCUUAUCAAGCUAUGACAUCGACUGUUUGCCCCAGGUUAAGGGUGAGGUCAUCCAAAGCAUGGGUUCUUUCCAGGAUGGUGUAGCCGAAAAGUGUGUGGACUAUUUCCAGAGGUACCGUCGAUCAACCCACGUCACCCCAAAGUCUUAUCUGUCCUUCAUCCAGGGCUACAAGACCAUCUACCGAGAAAAGCAUUCUGAAGUGCAGACCCUUGCAAACAGGAUGAAUACCGGCCUUCAGAAGCUCAAGGAAGCCUCAGAAUCUGUGGCUGCCCUUAGCAAAGAACUGGAAGUCAAAGAAAAAGAACUACAGAUCGCCAAUGACAAAGCUGACAUGGUCCUGAAGGAGGUGACGGUAAAGGCACAAGCUGCGGAGAGAGUGAAGGUCGAGGUGCAGAAGGUCAAAGAUAAAGCCCAAGCCAUUGUUGACAGCAUCUCAGCAGAUAAAGCCAUUGCUGAGGAAAAAUUAGAGGCAGCCAGGCCGGCGCUGGAAGAGGCUGAGGCAGCUUUGCAGACGAUCAAGCCGUCAGACAUCGCCACGGUUCGAACUCUCGGGCGGCCUCCUCAUCUCAUCAUGCGUAUAAUGGACUGCGUGCUCCUGCUGUUCCAACGCAGAGUCAACACGGUUAAGAUCGACCCUGAGAGGAACUGCACCACGCCCUCCUGGCAAGAGUCUCUCAAACUUAUGACAGCUGGAAACUUCUUGGGUAGUCUGCAGCAAUUCCCCAAAGACACCAUCAAUGAGGAGAUGGUGGAGCUACUGAACCCAUACUUUGACAUGGCUGACUAUAAUAUUGAGACAGCCAAACGGGUCUGUGGUAACGUGGCUGGACUCUGCUCUUGGACCAAAGCUAUGGCUGCUUUCUUCUCCAUCAACAAGGAAGUUCUGCCGUUAAAGGCUAACCUAGCGGUGCAGGAGAAUCGACUGGCAAUAGCGAACGUAGACCUGCAGAAAGCUCAAACGGAGCUGGAUAACAAACAGGCUGAGCUGGAUGUUGUGCAAGGGGAGUAUGAAAAGGCCAUGAGGGAGAAACAGACGUUGCUGGAGGAUGCAGAGCGCUGCAGACACAAAAUGCAGGCGGCGUCCAGUCUGAUCAGCGGAUUGGCGGGAGAAAAAGAACGCUGGACAGAGCAGAGCAAAGAAUUCGCUGCACAGACCAAACGCCUCGUUGGAGAUGUACUGCUGGCCACGGCCUUCCUGUCCUACGCUGGCCCCUUCAACCAGGAGUUCCGCAACCUCCUGCUCACCGAUUGGCAGAGGGAGAUGAAGACCCGGAGGAUCCCCUUUGGGACCAAUCUGAACCUCACAGAUAUGCUGAUUGACGCUCCCACAGUAAGCGAAUGGAACCUGCAGGGGCUGCCCAACGAUGACCUAUCCAUCCAGAAUGGGAUCAUCGUCACCAAAGCUGCUCGCUUUCCCCUUCUCAUCGAUCCCCAGACUCAGGGCAAGAUCUGGAUCAAGAACAAAGAGGCCAAGAAUGAGCUUCAGAUCACUUCUUUGAAUCAUAAGUACUUCAGAAACCACCUGGAGGACAGUCUGUCUCUGGGACGCCCCUUACUGAUCGAAGACGUAGGUGAGGAACUAGACCCAGCUCUGGACAAUGUUCUGGAGAAGAACUUCAUCAAAACAGGAUCUACACACAAGGUGAAAGUUGGGGACAAAGAGGUGGACGUGAUGAAAGGUUUUCGCCUCUACGUGACAACUAAGCUACCCAAUCCAGCUUACACCCCAGAGAUCAGCGCCCGCACCUCCAUCAUUGACUUCACAGUCACCAUGAAGGGCCUGGAGGACCAGCUCCUGGGAAGAGUCAUCUUGACAGAAAAACAGGAGUUGGAGAAGGAGCGGACUGAUCUUCUUGAGGAUGUUAUGGCUAACAAAAGGAAGAUGAAAGAACUGGAGGACAACUUGCUCUUCAGGCUGACCAGUACUCAGGGCUCACUGGUGGAUGAUGAGAGCCUCAUUAACGUAUUGGGCAUCACCAAACGUACCGCUGAGGAGGUCACUCAGAAGCUGCAGAUCGCCGCGGAAACCGAGGUCCAGAUUAACUCAGCCCGUGAGGAAUAUCGACCCGUGGCAACCAGAGGCAGCAUCUUAUACUUUUUGAUCACCGAGAUGAGUAUGGUGAAUGUGAUGUAUCAAACCUCUCUGCGACAGUUCCUUGGUAUAUUUGACUUGUCUUUGGCCAGAUCCUCAAAGAGCCCAAUUACGAGCAAGCGAAUCGCCAAUAUCAUUGAACAUAUGACCUCUGAAGUUCACAAGUAUGCGGCCAGGGGCCUGUACGAGGAGCACAAGUUCCUGUUCACCCUGCUGCUCACGCUCAAGAUUGACAUGCAGAGCAAUCGUGUCAAACACGACGAGUUCUUGACCCUCAUCAAAGGUGGAGCCUCUCUGGAUCUGAAAGCCUGUCCUCCUAAACCAGCUAAGUGGAUCUUGGACAUGACGUGGCUCAACUUGGUGGAGCUGAGCCGUCUCUGGCAGUUCUCCGACAUUUUGGAUCAGAUCAGUCGUAAUGAGAGGCAGUGGAAGAGCUGGUUUGAUAAGGAAGCCCCUGAAGAAGAGGUCAUUCCUAACGCCUAUGACCAGUCUCUGGACUGCUUCCGUCGCCUCCUCCUCAUUCGCUCAUGGUGUCCGGACCGCACCAUCGCUCAGGCACGGAAAUACAUAACGGAUUCGAUGGGGGAGAAGUAUGUGGAGGGCGUGAUUUUGGACCUGGAGAAGACGUGGGAGGAAUCGGACGCUCGUACUCCUCUCAUCUGUUUUCUCUCGAUGGGCUCGGACCCCACGGACUCCAUCAUCGCACUGGGCAAGAGGCAGAAGAUCGAAACACGUUAUGUAUCCAUGGGCCAGGGCCAAGAAGUGCACGCUCGCAAACUCCUGCAACAGUCCAUGGCCAAUGGUGGCUGGGCUUUGCUUCAGAACUGUCACCUGGGUUUGGAUUUUCUAGAUGAACUGAUGGACACGAUCACAGAGACGGACAGCGUGCACGACACUUUCCGCGUGUGGAUGACGACAGAGGUGCACAAACACUUUCCCAUCACCCUGCUGCAGAUGUCCAUCAAAUUCACUAAUGAGCCGCCACAGGGACUCAAGGCUGGUCUAAAGAGGACCUACGGAGGCAUUAGUCAGGACCUACUGGACGUGAGUAACAUGGUACAGUGGAGACCAAUGUUAUACAGCGUAGCUUUCCUCCACUCCACCGUCCAGGAGAGGAGGAAAUAUGGCCCGCUGGGCUGGAACAUCCCAUACGAGUUUAAUCAGGCUGACUUUAACGCCACCAUCCAGUUUGUACAGAACCACCUGGAUGAUAUGGACAUUAAGAAGGGCGUGUCCUGGAACACUGUUCGCUACAUGAUUGGGGAAAUCCAAUACGGAGGGAGGGUGACGGACGAUUAUGACAAGCGCCUUUUGAACACGUUCGCCAAGGUGUGGUUCAGUGAGACCAUGUUCAGCCCUGAUUUUCACUUCUACAAGGGCUACAGUGUGCCCAGAUGCACCAGCGUGGAACAUUAUCUCCAGUAUAUCCAGGGCCUUCCGUCCUAUGACACACCGGAGGUGUUUGGCCUUCACCCCAACGCCGACAUCACCUACCAGAGCAAGCUGGCUAAGGACGUACUGGACACCAUUUUGAGCAUCCAGCCUAAAGACAGCUCCAGCGGCGGAGGGGAGACUCGAGAAGACGUGGUGAGCCGGCUGGCGGAUGACAUGCUGGAGAAACUGCCGCCCGACUACGUGCCGUUCGAGGUGAGGGAGAGGUUGAUGAAGAUGGGACAUUUGCAGCCUAUGAACAUUUUUCUGCGGCAGGAGAUUGAUCGGAUGCAGAGGGUUAUUGUUCUGGUCAGGAACACACUGACUGAUCUGAAACUAGCCAUCGAUGGAACCAUCAUUAUGAGCGAGAAUCUGCGAGACGCGCUGGACUGCAUGUACGACGCACGCAUCCCAGCCCGCUGGAAGAAGGCCUCUUGGGCCUCCAGCACGCUGGGGUUCUGGUUUACAGAGCUGCUGGAGCGUAACCGGCAGUUCCAGGCCUGGAUCUUUGAGGGACGGCCCAACUGUUUCUGGAUGACAGGGUUCUUUAACCCCCAGGGCUUCCUGACAGCUAUGAGACAGGAGAUCACUCGUGCUAACAAAGGCUGGGCAUUGGAUCGCAUGGUACUCUGUAAUGAGGUCACUAAAUGGAUGAAGGAUGACAUCACACAGCCGCCCACCGAGGGCGUGUAUGUUUACGGCCUGUAUCUGGAGGGGGCUGGCUGGGACCGCAGAAACUGCAAACUCAUUGACUCCAGGCCCAAAGUGCUCUUCGAGGCGAUGCCUGUCAUAAGGAUGUAUGCCGAGAACAACGGUGUUAAAGACACUCGUAUGUACUCCUGUCCUAUAUACAAGAAACCUGUGAGGACAGAUCUGAAUUAUAUUGCUGCUGUUGAUUUGAGGACCAGCCUUCUCCCCGACUACUGGAUACUACGUGGAGUGGCCUUACUUUGUGAUGUCAAGUAG